CUGAGACUCAAGCCACUUGCCUAAGGUCACAGUUAGUGUUGGAGAUAGAGCUUUAAGUGAUUGUUGAAUGGAAUUGGUAUCAGAAUCUAGAUUUUUUGAAACAGUGGGGUUGUUGGAGUGGUUGGAUUUUUCCUGGAAUUGAGUGAGAAAUUCAGAAGACUGAAGCCCAGGCUCACUGUCUACCUUUCACGGAGGCCCAGCCGUGAGAGGACAGAAGAAGGCACGUGGCGAAUCAUGACAGCUGACAAAGAGAAGGACAAAGACAAAGAAAAGGACCGGGACCGUGAUAGGGAUCGGGAAAGAGAAAAGAGGGACAAGACAAGAGAGAGUGAAAACUCCAGACCUAGGCGAAGCUGCACUUUGGAAGGUGGAGCCAAGAAUUAUGCAGAAAGUGAUCACAGUGAAGAUGAGGACAAUGACAAUAACAGUGCCACUACAGAGGAAUCUGCAAAGAAGAACAAAAAGAAGCCUCCUAAAAAGAAAUCUCGUUAUGAAAGGACAGAUACUGGGGAGAUAACAUCAUUUAUUACUGAAGAUGAUGUUGUCUAUAGACCAGGAGACUGUGUGUAUAUUGAGAGUCGGAGGCCAAACACUCCUUAUUUCAUCUGUAGUAUUCAAGACUUCAAACUGGUUCACAACUCCCAGGCCUGUUGCAGAUCUCCAACUCCUGCUCUGUGUGACCCCCCAGCAUGCUCUCUACCGGUGGCAUCACAGCCACCACAUCACCUUACUGAAGCCGGGAGAGGGCCUGUAGGGAGCAAGAGGGACCAUCUUCUUAUGAAUGUCAAAUGGUACUAUCGUCAAUCUGAAGUUCCUGAUUCAGUCUAUCAGCAUUUGGUUCAAGACCGGCACAAUGAAAAUGAUUCUGGACGAGAACUUGUCAUUACAGACCCAGUUAUCAAGAAUCGAGAACUCUUCAUUUCCGAUUAUGUUGAUACUUACCAUGCUGCUGCCCUUCGAGGGAAGUGUAAUAUCUCCCAUUUUUCUGACAUAUUUGCUGCCAGAGAGUUUAAAGCUCGUGUGGAUUCAUUUUUUUAUAUAUUGGGCUAUAAUCCAGAGACAAGGAGACUGAACAGCACCCAGGGGGAAAUCCGUGUUGGACCCAGUCAUCAGGCCAAACUUCCAGAAUUGCAACCAUUUCCUUCCCCAGAUGGUGACCCUGUGACUCAACAUGAGGAACUGGUUUGGAUGCCUGGAGUUAAUGACUGUGACUUACUUAUGUACUUGAGGGCAGCAAGGAGCAUGGCAGCUUUUGCGGGAAUGUGUGAUGGAGGUUCAACUGAGGAUGGCUGUGUGGCUGCCUCUCGGGAUGACACCACACUCAAUGCACUCAACACACUACAUGAAAGCAACUAUGAUGCUGGAAAAGCUCUACAGCGCCUGGUAAAGAAGCCUGUGCCCAAACUGAUUGAGAAGUGCUGGACUGAAGAUGAGGUGGAAGGUUUUUUAAAAGGGGCUAGGCAAUGGGGGUCAAGUUUUGUGAGAAUAAGAAUAGAAAUAACAAUUCCUCAGAAAACUGGAGAAUUAAUCACCUUUUAUUACUAUUGGAAGAAAACCCCCGAAGCUGCCAGCUCCCGGGCCCACCGCAGGCACCGCAGACAGGCUGUAUUUCGGAGGAUCAAAACUCGAACAGCUUCUACUCCGGUCAACACUCCCUCAAGGCCCCCCUCCAGUGAAUUCUUGGACUUGAGCUCUGCCAGUGAAGAUGAUUUUGACAGUGAGGACAGUGAGCAGGAGCUGAAGGGUUACGCGUGUCGUCACUGCUUCACCACUACCUCCAAAGAUUGGCACCACGGUGGCCGAGAAAACAUCUUGUUGUGCACUGACUGUCGAAUUCACUUCAAGAAGUACGGCGAGCUCCCUCCCAUUGAGAAGCCUGUGGACCCUCCCCCCUUUAUGUUCAAACCUGUCAAAGAGGAAGAGGAUGGGCUCAGCGGAAAGCAUAGCAUGAGGACCCGACGCAGUCGUGGCUCGAUGUCUACACUACGUAGUGGCCGUAAGAAACAACCUGCUAGCCCAGAUGGUAGAGCCUCACCUAUCAACGAAGACAUCCGCUCUAGUGGCCGUAACUCUCCUAGCGCAGCCAGUACCUCAAGCAAUGACAGUAAAACAGAUUCUGUGAAGAAAUCUACCAAGAAGAUAAAGGAGGAAGCAUCCUCACCUCUUAAGAGCACCAAGCGUCAGCGAGAAAAAACAGCAUCGGAUACCGAGGAGCCCGAGAGGACCAAUGCCAAAAAGUCCAAAACUCACAGCCCUCAGGAGAUCAGCCGGCCCAACUCCCCAUCGGAGGGUGAGGGAGAAGGAGAGAGUUCAGACAGUCGCAGCGUUAACGACGAAGGCAGCAGUGACCCCAAGGACAUUGACCAAGACAAUCGCAGCACAUCCCCCAGCAUCCCUAGUCCUCAGGACAAUGAGAGUGACUCAGAUUCCUCUGCCCAACAGCAAGUGGUGCAGGCUCCCAGCGGUCCUGCCCAGGCCGCCCCCUCCACCCCUCCAGGGGCAGCCCAACUCCCAGCUCCAGGGCCCACAGCAGCCAGUGCUCCAUCAGCACCCCCUCAGGUUUCACCAUCAGUAUCUCAGCCACCCAGCCAGCCUCAGGCUCCUGUUCCAUCUCCAGCCCACUCCCAUAUCCAGCAGGCCCCAGCUCUGCAUCCACAAAGACUUCCCUCCCCACAUCCACCUUUGCAGCCCUUGAGUGUAGCACAGAACCAGCCCCAAGCUCCCGCCUCAUCCCAGUCCCAUCCACAGCCCCCCCUCCAUGGCCAGGUACCCCCUGGACCUCACAGCCUGCAGGCACAGCCUCUCUUGCCACAUCCAGGACCGCCACAACCUUUCCCUCUUGCCCCGCAGUCUUCUCAGUCUCAGGUUCCACUCCCAGCCACCCAGGCUCCUGCCCAUCCUCAUGGCUCCUUACAAGUCCAAGCCUCUCAGCCAUCCCUACAGCCUCCUCAGCCUCCAAGAGAACAGCCACUUCCUCCUGCCCCCAUGGCAAUGCCUCACAUCAAACCCCCUCCCACUACUCCUAUCCCACAGCUACCCACCCCCCAGUCCCACAAGCACCCACCUCAUCUCUCAGGACCUUCUCCUUUCUCCAUGAACUCCAAUUUGCCACCACCUCCUGCUUUGAAACCCCUGAGUUCACUGUCCACACAUCACCCCCCCUCAGCCCACCCUCCUCCUCUACAGCUGAUGCCCCAGAGUCAGCCACUGCAGUCGUCUCCAGCUCAGCCCCCAGUCCUGACUCAAAGCCAGAGCCUCCCACCGGUGGCCAGCCACCCCCCAUCAGGCCUUCACCAGGUCCCCCCCCAGCCUCCAUUUCCUCAGCACCCCUUUGUGCCUGGAGGGCCUCCUACCAUCACUCCUCCUUCCUGCCCUUCCACAUCCACCCCCCCAUCUGGGCCAAGUGCUCCAUCCCAGCCCUCCUGUUCCACGCCUGGCACCUCUAGUGGAAAUGUCCCUGUAGUGACCUCCUGCGCCAUCCCACCCAUCCAGAUCAAGGAGGAGGCACCCGAUGAAACUGAGGAGCCUGAAAGCCCCCCUCCCCCACCCCGAAGCCCUUCCCCUGAACCCACUGUAGUGGAUACACCAAGCCACGCCAGCCAGUCUGCAAGAUUCUACAAACACUUGGACCGGGGCUACAACUCGUGUGCACGAACUGACCUUUACUUCAUGCCCCUAUCGGGAUCCAAACUUGCCAAGAAGAGGGAGGAGGCGAUCGAAAAGGCCAAACGAGAGGCAGAGCAGAAGGCACGAGAAGAGAGAGAACGAGAAAAGGAGAAAGAAAAGGAGAGAGAGCGGGAACGGGAGCGCGAGCGAGAAGCAGAGCGAGCCGCGAAGGCAUCCAGCUCCUCCCACGAAAGCCGGCUCAGUGAUUCUCAGCUCAGUGGCCCUGCCCAUAUGCGGCCCUCCUUUGAGCCCCCUCCGACUACCAUUGCUGCUGUCCCCCCGUACAUUGGGCCCGACACGCCUGCGCUUCGGACUCUUAGUGAAUAUGCUCGACCCCAUGUGAUGUCACCCACCAACCGCAACCACCCUUUCUUUGUUCCCCUCAACCCCACUGAUCCCCUCCUGGCCUAUCACAUGCCCGGCCUCUACAACGUGGAUCCCACCAUCCGGGAGCGGGAGCUCCGAGAACGAGAGAUCCGAGAACGGGAGAUCCGGGAGCGGGAGCUCCGGGAGAGGAUGAAGCCGGGCUUUGAGGUGAAGCCUCCCGAGUUGGAUGCCCUGCACCCAGCCACCAACCCUAUGGAGCACUUUGCCCGGCACGGCGCCCUCACCAUACCUCCUACUGCAGGACCUCACCCUUUUGCUUCCUUCCACCCGGGGCUGAACCCCCUGGAGAGGGAGAGACUCGCCCUGGCUGGUCCCCAGCUGCGGCCUGAAAUGAGCUAUCCUGAUAGACUGGCGGCCGAGAGAAUCCAUGCUGAGCGAAUGGCCUCUCUGACUAAUGACCCCCUUGCCCGGCUGCAGAUGUUUAAUGUGACGCCCCAUCACCAUCAGCACUCACACAUACACUCACAUCUUCAUCUCCAUCAGCAGGAUCCUUUACAUCAGGGUUCAGCAGGUCCCGUGCACCCACUGGUAGAUCCCCUGGCAGCUGGCCCUCACCUGGCCCGGUUCCCUUAUCCCCCUGGCACCCUCCCCAAUCCUCUGCUCGGACAGCCACCCCAUGAGCAUGAGAUGCUUCGCCAUCCAGUUUUCGGUACCCCCUAUCCCCGAGACCUGCCUGGUGCCAUCCCGCCUCCAAUGUCAGCAGCCCACCAGCUGCAGGCCAUGCACGCUCAGUCCGCCGAGCUGCAGAGAUUGGCGAUGGAGCAGCAGUGGCUGCACGGGCACCCCCACAUGCAUGGUGGGCAUUUACCAAGCCAGGAAGAUUAUUACAGUCGGCUGAAGAAAGAAGGUGACAAGCAGUUAUAAGAAGUUAUUUAUUUGUAACAGCGGAAACCCCAGGUCAUGGGGGAAGAGAUGGGACUUUUUACAUACAAUAGGAGCUGCAAAAGCAAAGAGAAUAUCUUCUGAAGAUUUCUUUAUCUAUUUAAAAAACCCGCAACUGAAGACUUUUCAGCAUACUAGUGUUCAUUGGUAGAGAGGACGCCUCCGGGCUGAUUCAGGUCUCCCUGCAUGACAGCCUCCUCAGGAGCUUAGCGAGGCCUGGACUAGGCGGAACGUUCAGAAAACUUGCCUGCAAUCUUGGCGUUUGGUUUCAUGUUUUCCUUUUCUUCCUCAAUUUCACAGUAGGUGCUAGAUCCAGCUCACACCCGUCACUGUGCGUGCAGAGACAGUUAAGACAUAUUCUUUAAAAACAAAAAACAAACAGAAAACACCAGGAUUGCAGAUAGGUGGUGGCAUAUGAGUUUGGAACCCAAGAACUAUAAUAAAAAUCUACUUUUAUUUUAAUACAUUGUAGGAAAUCUUCAUAAUUUGACAGAGAGCUCAGUUCUGCAGCAUGGCUUUUUAAGUCUGUAAAUAUAAUAAUUUUAAAACAGAAACAACCAUUUUUUUCUUCCACAAACUACUAUUCUGAUAUAUUUUUUUCCAGCCACAUCACUAAUCGUGAAUUCCUACCAGCUAUUAACAAGAGUUGAUUUUUUAAUAAAAAAUAUAUAUAUAUAAUUAUCCCUUUAAUUAAAGGGAAGAGAUGGGUGUUACUAAUUUAAAAAGGGCAAAAGCUUGGACUUUGAUUUGAUGGCAGCAGUGAGCAUCACAGGGUUUGCAGGGAUAACGUUACAAGCUGUUUUUUCAUGUUUUUCCUUGAUUGUAAUUUUGUUUGUGUUUUGUUUUGGGAGUGUGCUUGGCCAAUGAUGCAGACAUCCACUGAAUGAACACCUCUUCCCUUUGCAACAGGAAUGCAGGAAUCAAAUCUACUUUGUUUGCCUUGAUGUUAAUGGUUAUUUGUCCCCUUUCUUUGAGGGACAAAAUAUAUGGGGUUCAAAAACUUAGCACACACUUUGUUAUGGUAAAUGAACUAAUUUUUCUAGGACUUCCCCUUGAAAUUUCAUAGACAAUGUGGGAUUUGCUACCCAAAAAAAUUUGUAUGUUUUUGUGUGUGUGUGUGUGUGUGUACAUAUAUAAUCCAAAUAUGUAUGUGUGUGUAUGUACACACACAUAUAUAUUAUUCAAACAACUUAAUAUUUGAAAGAUAGGCUGUGCAUUUGAGUUCUGGGUUUUUUGUUUUUUUGUUGUUCGUUUGUUUUUAAGAAAGAUGCAUAAUUAAAAAUGCUAAGACAUUGGGAUUUUAAAGGAUAGAUCUAAAUUGCCACUCCCACAUUCCUUGGGAAUAGCCUUAUUGCCAUAGGUGUGGAUUAUAUUUCAGUGAGUCAGGACCUUGGAUUUAAUAAGAUAAAUAGAUGGGGGCAACAUUGUAUUUUUUACUCGAGCAGCUACCCAGAUCAGACUUGGAGAUCCAUUUGUGGCUCAUCUUUUAUCACUGGGCAAUCAAAUGUUCAGGGGAUCCAGUUUUCUGAAGUAAAGCUAUCUAGGAUCACCUCCCUCCAUUUGUAUUAUUUUGCUCACAUAAUGCACUUUGACUGAAGUCAAGGGUUGGGGAAGUUCAAGGGAUGUCUGCAUCUGCUGGCCAUGUUUUCCACUGGUGCAAAACUUGUUCCGUUCUUUUUCUCUCAAACUCUUGAGGGCUAUAUCUCUGCCGUUUAAACCUUUCUAUGUGGUGGUCAUGUCAUGAGACUCUCUUGGACCAUUAACUUGGAGUUAAUCAUUCAGGCUUUUAAGGAAUACACGACAUGCCCAGUGCUUAGGCCACUGUGCCCAGCAGGAAGAGAAGCCAGCAGCGCUAUUGGGUAGAGUUAUUACCUCCACUUCAGUUCUGGAUUAAAACCUGCAUCAGGGGCAAUUCCAGUUUCUUUAUAUCCAGAUGUUUAAAGCCUGCAUUUCAAUUGGGCUUAAUAGGUUGUUUCUGUUCAACGAGUUUUUUGCUUUUCUUUUCUCUCAUUCCAUGCCUGCCUUAACCCCCAGCUGCUUAAUGGUAGAGGUUCCUUGGCUAACUCAUUCACAUUCAGAAGUGGCCAGUUAGGGACAGGGCCUUUGAAAGCUAAUCUGAUGAUGAUAUCACCAUGUCUUGUCCUGCUGUGCACGAGCAAGUCCACCUCAAAAUGUAGGGGGAAUGAAGAACACUGGACUGCCGCCUCUUCCAUCCCUCAUUUCACGUGUCUUUUUUUCCUUUGGGAUCUAAGAUGGUGACUGUUAAAUUAAUUCUGCUCCCUCACCCCCACCCCCAUCCGCUCUUUCCCAUUCUCCCAAAGAAAAGAGAGUUCAGUGGUUUUUGAUCUUUUUUUUUUUUAAAUAGAUGUCAUGAGUUUUCCUUUUUCAAUUCAGCAUUUUAUUAAUUGUGUCGGAACCUGUGUCCUCAGCAUCCCAAGGUGAAGCAUCGAGAUUUAUUCUAAUACAUCAGCUCAUUAACUAUGGUUUCUUGAUGAUGGCUUCCAGGAACCAUCUUGGUGUUUUGGACACCUUUUUGCAGUGACCCAGACACAUGCUUUCCUUUGGGAUUCAUUCACCCUCUUUUCAGUUGAAGUUUGUUUUUUGUUUUGUUUUUGUUUUGUGUUUCAAACGUAUCUUGUUCAAUGUCGUCAAGGUCGUGCUUCUUGUUUUGCGACCUCACAUGCAGUGUCCACUCUGAUUUGCUACAUUUAUAUAUAUCUGGAAGCUUAAUGUACAUAUGAGUAGUUUGCCAUGAGAUAACACAAUGUAAACAGAGUAGAAACCCAGAAAUCGUGACUUCUGUGUUCUCUCCAUUUGAGUAUUUUGUAAUUUUUUUGAAAUAUUUGUGGACAAAUAAAACCAAGCUACACUACAGAA